AUGCUUCAGCUGUUAAUCGUUUUGUUCGUUGUUCUGCCACUAGCGCAGGUUAAGCAUGUUGACGACCGAGAGUUGGCGUCGUUGAUACAAGAAUUGGAAACGAUCGAUUUGGACGGCGCUAAAAGUAGAGACUUACGAGUCAACUACCAGAGUCAUGCGGUGAACACUAACAAGGACGUGGCGCCAUUACCGUUGUUUGAAUAUGUGAACGACAAGAUACUGCGUCGACCAACAUACCAAAAGCUAAGCACAUUGGUCAGCUUGUACAAUCCGUACCUGAACGAGACAGAAACGAACACCGCCGUGAAACGGGCAGCAAUCAACGACUUCCUUGACGAAAUCAUGAAAACGUCUGUAAUGCGUCGCGCAUACCAAUUCUUACAUCAACUAAAAUAUCCAUCAACUAUGUCUCUUGACCAGUUCAAGGAGAGUUUACGCCAGCUUUGGUUUACACCGUAUUCCAGAAAGUCGAAAAACAUCAAUAGCUGCGCGUUUGAACAUGUAUUUGGCGGAGAGGUCGGCCAAAACAAAGUGGAAGGUCUUCAUGACUGGGUUCGGUUUUACCAGCUAGAAAAGUCUAAAAGGAUAAACUACCUUGGCUUUGUGGUCAAGCGACGGGAUGCUGUUUGUUCUGUCCGUUACACGGUUGGCAAGGCAGUUAAACCAACUGGCAGUUUCCUGAUCGGCGCCAGCCCAGAAUUUGAAAUGGCAACAUACACGCUCUGUUUUCUGCUAAGGCGUGGCGAAAGGAAGUGCAAAUUCAGUUAUAAAAAUUGCCCUGUGGCGGUCACCACGAUUGGUCAUAGCCAUAUUAUUACAACUGCCUACCCAAAUCCCGCAGGACUUUGUAAAGGUGACGGCCCAGUAUUCCGAAAGUCAGGUGCACAUCCUUCAGUACACUGA